UUCUAUAACGCAUCUUCUCUGCAUGUGACUCAAUACAACUUCUCAACAAACUCUCUCUCUCUCUCUCUCUCUCUCAGUCACAUCCACACACUCUCUCUCUGUGUGAUUCGGCCAUUGAAAAUGGCGGCUGUUCCAGCAGCAACGCGGAGUGAUCAUCCACCGAAGACGCCGCCGCCGCAACCGGCACCGCCGGCGGUGCUGGUCUCCGACUCCUACGCUAAGGACGCCAUCCUCGCUUGGUACCGCGGCGAGUUUGCUGCCGCCAACGCCAUCAUCGACGCCCUCUGCGGCCACCUCAAGGACCUCGCCGACCCCUCAGACUACGCUUCCACCUUCGCCGCCAUCCACCGCCGCCGCUUCAACUGGAUCCCCGUCAUCCAGAUGCAGACGUACCAUUCCAUCGCCGAUGUCACACUCGAGCUUCAGAAGGUCGCCGAGAAUAUGAAGCAGCGCGAAGGAGGGCGGAGCACCGGCGGCGAGAGUGAGUUCCAUCCGAAAGUAAAGAUCGAAGAGAAGGAGAAGGAGGUGCUGGUGGAGAAUGUCGGAAAUGGAGACGCCGUCGCGGACGCCGAAGCUUCCGCGGAGGCGGAGGACUAUGACUCACCGGAAAGUGAGAUCACUGAUUCAGGAUCUCAAGAGAUGCAUCCACCCUGUUUGAUGAACAUUAGUAUAUGUUCCAAUCAUGAAGAAUGUGAAGGACGCUAUUCACAAAUGAAGCUGCCAAAAUUCUUCACAGCAAGGGAUUCAGUGAAGGGGCACCCGGUGAAUGUUGUGAAAGGAUUGAAGUUGUAUGAGGACAUUUUUUCUGAAUCAGAAAUCUGCAAGCUAUCUGAUUUUGCGAAUGAGAUCCAUGUUGCAGGACAGAACGGACAACUUUUAGGUGAAACUUUCACACUGUUCAACCAGCAGGUGAAGGGGAACAAGAGAGAGCUGAUUCAGCUGGGUGUUCCAAUAUUUGGAAAGAUACAUGGUGAUGCCAAACGUAAUAUAGAGCCAAUUCCUCCAUUUCUCCAUAGUGUCAUUGAUCACCUUAUUCAGUGGGACAUAAUUCAAGAGUACAAAAGGCCAAACGGUUGCAUCAUCAACUAUUUUGAAGAGGGGGAAUUUUCUCAGCCGUUCUUGAAACCACCACAUUUGGAUCAACCUCUAUCCACUCUUCUUCUUUCUGAAUCAACUAUGGCAUUUGGGCGUAUCCUUGUGAGUGAAGAUGAGGGGAACUACAAGGGUCCACUCAUGCUCUCAUUGAAGAAGGGGUCUCUUUUAGUAAUGAGAGGACACAGUGUUGAAAUGGCAAAGCACGUAAUGUGUCCAUCCCCUAACAGAAGGGUGAGCAUCACCUUCUUCAGAGUGAAGCCAGACUCCAAUCAAUGCCAGUCACCAACUCCAACUAUGACAACCGCGAUGACUCUGUGGCAACCAGGCAUUGCAAGCCCACUUGCAUUGCCAAAUGGAGCUCUAAGUGGCUAUGAGGCUAUGGAUAUGAUGAUGCACGAAUGGGGAAUGCUUGGUGCUCCAAUGGUCAUGCUAGCCCCUAUGCUUCCAGGGGCGCUGAAUGCAGACAAAUUCCCUCUCGGUGGGACUGGGGUUUUCUUGCCUUGGACUGAGGCACCUAGAAAACAGCCAAGGCAUCUUUCACCGCGUGCCCAGAGAGGAAGGGUUAGGGCAUUGCCUCCCCCAGUUGAAUCACACAUGGGAGAGUCCAGUUCUGAACCCAGCAUUACCCUUGAAGGAUAGGUAUGACUUCAGUCUCAAAGCAGCCAUGGGUUUAAAGAGAGGUGGUUAUUUGCUCUAGACACAGGAGUAUUUUAUUUUGUUGUCCAAACUAGUCCUAGUGCUGCUAGAAGAGUUUGUUUCAUUCAUUUUUUGUCACCCCUUUCCUAUUAGCUGCUUUUAGAUAGAUAAACUUAAUUAGAAAUCAGAAUCUAGUGUUCAUUAUACUUUAA